GACAGUCCGGAUCAAACGGGGGUUGUUUUGUCUUUGCACCUGCUGAACGGAAUGGAUUUUUCCAGCUUUGGGGAUGUAUCAUUGAAACACAGUCCGCUCAGGGCUGUGAUGGACAAUUAAAGUUGAAUUAAUUCCUUUAUUAAGUUGGACUGAUUGGUUUUUGAGCGUCGCUGUGAUUUCCUCUGACUCUUUUUGGUCGUAAAGUUUUGUCCUCUAAACCACUGACAGCUCCUGUGUCGGAUCGACAGAGCAGCGGGCGCACACGGGAGUUGAUGGGCGCAGAGUGAAGUGGAUAUGAUCGACCACCAGCGCGUCUCUCUGUGUCUUUUUCCAAUCGUCCAAAAACUCCGGCAGGUUCGCGCGAUGUGGUUUUAGCUGCUGGACUCAGGGUCGAGAGUUUGGAUUCUUCACUGUGGGAUCUACAGGAUGCAUCGUCACCUGAACUCACAACAUGUGCAGCCUGAAGAAAAGCGGAUCUGUGUGACAAGUUUACUCUGAAUCCCCGAAACGCCUCUUUAAAACUCUCACACCAAGUCUCCUAAAGCGCAAUGAUUUUAACAACUUUUGUCAUUAUACUGUCCUUCCUGGACUCGGUGUUCACCUUGAAGGGUGACGGCAGCUCGUCCUCCCGGCCCGCCCGCCUGGACUGCGUAAAGGCCAGUGAGCAAUGUCUGAAGGAGUACAGCUGCAGCACCAAGUACCGGACCAUGAGGCAGUGCGUAGCGGGCAGGGAGAGCAACUUCAGUGCGGUCACCGGUCCCGAGGCGCAGGGCGAGUGCCGCAGCGCCAUAGAUGCCAUGAAGCAGAGCCCCCUCAAUAACUGCAGGUGUAGGAGAGGCAUGAAGAAGGAGAAGAACUGCCUCCGGAUCUUCUGGAGCAUAUUUCAGAGUUUACAGGGUAAUGAUUUGCUGGAGUAUUCUCCGUAUGAACCAGUCAAUAGCCGGCUCUCAGAUAUCUUCCGUCUGGCCCCCAUCAUAGCCGUUGAGUCUGCAUCUACAAAGGAGAACAACUGUCUGAAUGCUGCCAAGGCCUGUAACCUGAAUGACACAUGUAAGAAGUACCGCUCGGCUUACAUCAACCCCUGUACUAGCAGGGUGUCUGCUUCUGAGGUCUGCAACAAGCGCAAAUGCCACAAGGCCCUGCGACAGUUCUUUGACAAGGUUCCAACUAAAUACAGCUACGGGAUGCUGUUUUGCUCCUGUCCUGCUGGGGAUCAGACAGCAUGUGCAGAACGCAGACGACAAACUAUUGUACCCGUCUGCUCCUAUGAGGAUAAAGACAAACCUAACUGUCUGUCUCUUCAGAACACAUGCAAGACCAACUACAUCUGCAGGUCAAGGCUGGCAGACUUCAUCAGCAACUGUCAGCCAGAAGCUCGCUCCAUAUCGGGGUGUCUGAGGGAGAGCUACGCUGACUGUCUGUUGUCUUACUCAGGUCUCAUCGGUACUGUGAUGACACCCAAUUAUGUGCGAUCACUUGGUAUUAGCCUGUCACCGUGGUGCGACUGCGGCAGCAGCGGGAACAGCAAGCCGGACUGUGAUAGAUUUGCGGAGUUUUUCACCAGCAAUCGAUGUCUACGUAAUGCCAUCCAAGCAUUUGGCAAUGGUACUGAUGUUGGAGUUUGGCAACCCCAGCCCCCAAUUCAGCCGACUGUACUAGAGCCAAGCAUCACUCGGAGGGGUAAAGACCGAACCGGUAACGCACUGAAUGCACUGACAGACAUGACCAAACUGGAUCUUGAUGACAACUCAUUAUAUCACAUCUGUGGCACCUUACAGGCCCAAAAACUGGUGUCAAACCUGACAGUAGAUACUUCUCAAUGUGUGAACCAUCAACUGGAUGAGUCUAGAGACUCAAAUGCCAUUUCUAGAAGCUCAGCACCUGAAUUCACCUGCCUAGACCCCUCAAGUAUGCUCCUCGCACUUGCCGUUGCUUUAACACCAAUAGUAUUACAGCCUAAAGGCGUCCAGUUUUUGUAGGAUCUGAGGACUGCUGUACGGAUCAACACACUUAUCUCAAGAACUGAUUCAACCCAUUUUGAUUUAGACAUUUGCCAAAGUGUUACACAUGCAUUUUUCUUGAGAUGGAAAUGGAAAAACCAAAAAACAGAGCACUGAAAUCACAGACAACAGUGGAUUACAUAUCUGAGGAGUCCAUGUUGACUGCUGCUGAAAACAGACCUGCUGAUGCUGCUGCUGAGAUAUCAGUUCAUUUGCCUGCCAUGCCUCGUGGGGGCAAUUUGGUGACUUCAAGAAUCAGAUUCACACUGAGGAACACUCUUUUUCUGGAAUUAAACCCUGUGAUCUGAUAAGCAGCAUGUGAAUAAAUCCACUUCUUUGGAAUGUGUUGCAAUCAGUGCACAUUCGACUGAACGGACUGCCAAUGUGCUGAACAGUGUUUUGGGGAUAAAGUGGAUCAUUCUCUGCAUAACUGUGACUUUAAUUUGUCCUGCCAGCAAACUUGCUUUAGUUCAUGAAAAGGAAAACUAAGUGUUGAUAUGUAACUGCUGAGCUAUGAUAUGUCACAAGGGACAACAAACGCAUUUCACAGACACACUGUAUGGAAUAUGACUCAUAAAACAUUUUAACUCGUUUAAAAUCUCACAACAUAUUGUCAGAGUAUCCUCAAAGGACAACGACAUAUCAGCCAGAAGAAAGUAAAGAUUUUCUCUCCUACAUGUUCGGUACUAGGUAUAGAUCAGUUUUGUAGAUUUAUUUGAUUGUUAUGGCGGUUUGUGGUUUUAUCACAUCGCCUCUAAAAGAACAUUUUGUACAUAAGAUACAUAAAGUGUACACUCUUAUUACAGUAUGAUGCUGUUAGCUUGUAACAUAUUGUCUGUAAUGUUUUUGAGAGUCUAUGUUAGUAUCUGGUGACUGAGGCAUCUCAGCGUCAUCCAGUGUGGCUAUGAUUUAUAAAAUGUGACGGGGUAUGGUUCUUUACUCAUGUGGUUACAGAUAUGACUAUUGUGUGAUUAUAUUUUGAUUGCAAAGUGAAUAAUGUUAUCUUAAACAGUAUUUUUCUUGAGGAGUAUCAAACUAUCUGUAACAGCAACAAGAACAUAAAGAAUUUACAAAAGUGUCUUUAAUGGUUCAAACAAAGUAAUGUUAUUCUUCUGUUCUGCUGAAAGUGAAUAUGUUUUGAUGGUUUGAUUCAGAUUCUUCAGACUGACCCUAUUUGAUUUGAUUUUUUUCACUUUAUUGUGUCCUGGUGGAGGGCAAAUGACGGGGGUUUGACGAAUAAAGAAUGUGUACAUAUCCACUAGUAGAGCAAAUGCCGAAAGACAAAAGCCAGUAGACAGAAAUUGCAAUUACUGCUGGUGCACAUGAGGGACAAGAUGAAAAUAUUUACAUGGUUAUUAUAAAUCUAAUGACACACUAAUUAACAAAGACAUUCAAAGAAUGUACAACAUAAUGACAACCAACACUGAAAACUUGUUUUUAAACAUCCUUGACAUGUCAAAUGUGUCUGUUAAAAUCACUUCAAUGUAUGAUCCCUGUAAACAUCUAACGAUGCUCCAGUUGGUAUUUUUCAAAGGUUCAAAAGAGGUUUUGAUCAGAAUACUACAUAAGAGGGGCUCGAAAUACUUUUUUCUUUGUACAUCCACCGUUUUUGUUUUUCUUUUUCCCUGCACCAAAAUUUGGUAUUUUUGUUCUUCUUUCUCAAAAGAGAUCCAACAUCAACCGCUGUGACAUUUUCUUUUUUAUGACACUUCAAAUAUGAGGAAAUUGUCAGCUUGUUAGAAUGUAAUUUGAGCUGACUUUCCCUUAAAUUGAUUAAAAAACUGUACUGUAAAACAACAAAUUUAAUAUCCUGAAAGGAUCCUAUGAAGAAUUACAAACUCUGAUGGAAAGAAAUAUAUUCAUUUAUUUUCUGAGAGUUAAAAAUGUGGACAUUUUCAAUUUGUUACUA